UGGGUCUAAUCGCAGAAACGCCCUGCUCUCCUCUCCUCCGACAUCCAUCCAUCCCCGGCUCUCCUCUGCUCCUCUAUCCGCCGAGCAGACGCUCUAAGCCGGCAGGAAAACCAACGAAACCUCGGUGGAGGAAAGAAAAUGGCCUUUUAACACCUUGAGAGAAUAAAACCCAAGAGGAGACAUGGAGCCUUUUUCCUUCCUCCGCCUCCUCGUCUUCCUCGUUUCCUUGAGCUGCUUCUCCACGGCUGCUGACAGGAGGAUCGGUUGUCUGUUUGAGAACGAGCUGUGCUCCCCGUACGAGGUCUGCGUCAACGAUGCCAUGUUUGGAAGGUGUCACCCUCUUCCAGUGACGGAUGUUUACACCUACGACGUCUCCCCGUCUGUCGUGCAACGCUUCAGGACGCUGCUGGAGAAGCUUUCCAACAGAGGUCUGACGUGGGGAGAUGACACCACUCAGCAGGUUCUGUCCAAAGAGCUUUCCAAACUGAGGAGAGUUCCCUUCAGAACGCAGCAGAAAGGAGCCAUCUACAACUCGGACAGCAGGCCUGCAGCUGAGGCAAUGGACCCGAUGGAUCAGAGGGUGAAGCCGGUGGAGGUGGAGCUCAGCAGGAACCUGCAGAUGUACCUCCAGCGCCUCGGCCUUCUUCCCAAAACCUCCUCUUCCUCCAGCCUGAGCUCCCAGGGCAAGACUGACCGUUUCCAGUCCGGCGUCCCUGCAGACUACUAUCGCUCCAAGCCUCAGAAGCCCUCCAGCUUUGCCUCCUCUUCCUCCUCCUCUUCCUCUUCCUCGUUCUCACCUGUGCAGAAGCAGCAGAGACCUCCCGCCGACCAGCUCGUCUCCAUGCAGACGGAGGGAGACUUCCUGCUGGGCGCCCUGAGGCAGUAUCUGUCCCUACAGAGCGGGCGGCACGACCCCGGGGUGCAGGAGGCCCCCACCCCCCGCCUGAGGCCCUUCUACAGCAACAGGAUAGAAAACACCGGCCUGAAAACAGACGGGCAGAAAUCCAGACUGAUGAAGCUGGGGAAGAGUCAGGGGGCUUCAGUGAAAGAGCCUCUGACGCCUGUGGAUGAGAGGUUCAUCCAGAAGGUUCUGCAGAGCGUUGGCCGGCACCACGUGGACGUGGACGGCCUGACGCAGCAGGACCUGAGCCAGCUGUCCAGUCUGAUCGCUGACGCCCUGCAGGUGGUGGACAAGGACCAGAAACAGGGUCCUAACCGGGGCCGGACCCGCCUCAGACCCGGACCCAGAGACCUGGAGGGAGAAGAGGAGGAGGGGGAGGCAGAAAAGGAGGAAGAGCCUGGCAGGGAUGAGGAAGAAGAGAAGCUGCUUCAGAACGCUCCGACAGUCAAACCACAGGAGAGCGCUCCUACAGCGCCGGCAGCUCUGCAAGGUCUGAAAACAUUGACCGUCCCUCCCCUGACGGAGCGCCACACAGAUCCAGAGGAGCAGAACAUGGAGGAAAAGCCGGACCUCUUCACCAAACUCCUGGCCUACCUGGACAAAUCCACCUUCAACUCGGCUCCCUCGGCCAGAAAUCUGGACGAUUUGAACAUGGAGACCCCCGGAGGACGUCAGGUGGGGCUGGAAAACGUCCAGAGCCGCACCAGCGAGGCAGGGGUGACGGUGCAGAAGAAGGACGCCACCCAGCAGGUGGAGGAAGUGUCGGAGGUGCACGGCUGGAUCAAGGAGGUGGCGCCUCCUCCGGCUGCGCUGGUGUACGACGAGCCGCACAAGAAGACGCUGCACGUCCCCGAGCUGCAGCUGGACGUCAAGGCUGGCGGGAAGAAGGCGGACGAGGACGUGUUCGGAUACGUCAUCACCGACACAGAUGGGCUUCAGACGGACGAAGGCCUCCAUCUGAUGGAGAUCUUGGCUCGCAGGGCUAAAAUCCAGAUGACCGACUUCGCCGAGCUCUCGGUGGUGGGCCCCGCUGUGACCUUCAAAGUGAGCCCCAACAGUCAGAACGUCAGCACCGCAGAUGUGGCCAACGUUGCAGUCAAGCAGAAAGAGGAUCUGGAGAAAGAAGCCAAGCUCAGCAUCCUGGAGGCCGGGGUCGCCGAUGGAAGCGAGAUCAACCAGAUCCCCACCAAGUACAGCCAGGCGGAGUCCACCAAGUUCCUGGUGCUCACCGUGGUUUCCAUCCUGUGCAUCGUGGGGGUGCUGCUCGCCUCCACCGUCAUCUACUGCCUCCGCCACCGCUCGCACCACAAGCUGAAGGAGAAGCUCACCAACCUGGGAACGGACACCGGCAGCGAUGCUACCGCCACCUAUCAGGAGCUGUGUCGGCAGCGCAUGGCGGUGAAGCCUCCGACGGAGCGCUCAGAGCCCAUCUCCUCCAGGAUCAACAGCGUGUCGUCUCAGUUCAGCGAUGGAGGACCGGCCGUCAGCCCGUCGGCCCGGAGCAGCAUCUUCUGGAGCGAGGAGCCCGCUCACUCCAACAUGGACAUCUCCACCGGACACAUGAUCCUGUCCUACAUGGAGGACCACAUGAAGAACAAGGACCGCCUGGAGAAGGAAUGGGAGGCUCUGUGUGCGUACCAGGCCGAACCCAACGCCUGCACCGUGGGCCUGAAGGACGGCAACGCCAAGAAGAACCGCUCCACUGCCGUCGUAGCAUAUGAUCACUCCAGAAUCACCUUGAGGGUGGAGAACAGCCAAGGCAACUCUGAUUACAUCAACGCCAGCCCCAUCAUGGAUCAUGAUCCGAGGAACCCGGCCUACAUCGCUACUCAAGGCCCACUGCCCUCCACAGUGGCUGAUUUCUGGCAGAUGGUUUGGGAGAACGGCUGCGUGGUGAUCGUGAUGUUGACUCCUCUGGUGGAGAGCGGCGUGAAGCAGUGCUACCACUACUGGCCCGACGAGGGAUCCAACCUGUACCACAUCUACGAGGUGAACCUGGUGUCCGAACACAUCUGGUGCGACGACUUCCUGGUUCGUAGCUUCUACCUGAAGAACAUGCAGACCAACGAGACCCGGACCGUCACUCAGUUCCACUUCCUGACCUGGCUCAACCAGAACGUCCCCGAGACCAGCCGGACGCUGCUCGACUUCCGCAGGAAAGUCAACAAGUGCUACCGCGGACGCUCGUGUCCCAUUAUCGUCCACUGCAGUGAUGGUUCUGGAAGGAGUGGAACCUACGUCCUGAUCGACAUGGUCCUCAACAAGAUGGCUAAAGGUGCCAAGGAGAUUGAUAUUGCAGCGACUCUGGAGCACCUGCGGGACCAGAGGCCGGGAAUGGUUCAGACCAAGGAUCAGUUUGAGUUUGCGUUGACGGCCGUCGCUGAAGAGGUGAAUGCCAUCCUGAAAGCUAUUCCUCAGUAGGGAGGAGCAGAUGGACCUCCUUCUUCUUCCUCUUAUGUCGAAUAAAUAGGACUUUCCCAAGAUUUCUUCUUCCCAUCCUUCUGUUUCCAUCUUCUCCUUUCUCCUCACUUUCCUACCUUGUCUUACCUUCUCCUCUUAUGUUCUUCUCUUUCUUCUCUCAAAUAAUUUCCUUGUUUCCUCUUAAUGUCUCUCCUCCUUUCUCUUUGUCAUACUUCCCAAAUGUAUCCUCCUUUCCUCUGGCUUCUUUCUCAUCUCCUCUCCUCUUCUUUCCAACUCAUCCUCCCCUUCUUUUCCUUUCACCAUCCUACUUGUUCCAAACUCCUUAGCUUCCUUUGAUUACCUCCUUAAAUCUCCUCAACUUUCCUCUGUUCCUUUCUGUCUGUUCUUUAUUUAUAAAGGUUUCCUCUACCUUAUGUUUCUUCGCCUCCAACCCUUUUACCUCCUAAUAUCCCCAACUUUCCUCUCUUCCUUUUCCCCAAUGUGUCCUCUCGUCUCCUCUCCUUUUACCUCCCGAUCUUCCCACUCAUCCUCCCCUCCCGCCACGUCUUCCCACCCCCCUCUCUUCUCUCUCAUUGUGCCAGGCCUCCGUUGAGUCCUGUCCAUAGAUAGACCUUCCUUCUAUUGUAAUGAAUCCAUACAGCCUGUUUUCCAAAGUCACAUUUAGACACAUUUUCAUAGAUGGAUUUAAAUAUGUUUCUGUGGUAAACUUAUCAUAGUUUUCUGUUUGAUUGCUCUUAGAUUUGUGUUUGAAUCACAGAAUGGUAUUUGUGUUUCAGAGCCAUGCUUUCUGAUAUUUUGUCACGCAGUAUCACAGUGCGGGAUGAAAAACUGCUUACUGGGUGUCUCCAAAGUUUGUGACUCUAUCUGCAGUUUCCCUCUUAUUGUGAGGAAGACCUUGGUACUGGAUGUGAGGUGGGAUAACAGAGUUUUGGAGAUGUAAUAUAGUUUCUCCAACCUGAAUCGGCUCGUCAGUGAAGUCACACUCAUGUCUGCCUUAAUAAAAAACACAUUUAGCCACGUGGAAAUAAACUCGUUGGUAACGCUUCAUUUCAAAAUGGCUUUAUUCCUUUUUUCCCAAACCUUUGUCUCUGAUAAACCAGAGGAACAUGCAUUGAUUGGUUAUCUUUGGGGGCAGGAAGUGACUUUCUUUACAUACAUUUGCAAGGAGGCAGUACUCCUGGGAACACUGGGAUGAAGCCAUUAUAAAAUCACGUGUUUCUGACGAGUCUUUAUGAUAAAUAAAGUAGUCUUGCUUCUGAAUAGCAGCUCUUCUAUGUAGCAUUGAUGGAUGCAUUGUACAUGUUUAGUAGCUGAACCUUAAUUGCAUUAUAACAAUUGUUUUCUGUGACAAUCAUCAAAACCUGCUUUAACAUUGGGAAACCAGCUUUUAGUUUGUGUAAAAUCAACUUAAUUUCCCUUCUUUCAAUUAGCAGACGCAAUAUGAGCAAUUUUAAUGAUCCUUUCCACCAACACCUCCCUGUUCUAUCUUAAUUACACCACUAAUAAUGACUAUAGUGCAUGGUUAUUUAUCACUGCUGUAUUUUCCAAAGGCCUCAAAAUGAUCCCAGCAAACAAACACAUUUUUUCCAGACGCUGUAUUGCACCAGAGGCUCCGAGCAUCUUGAAAGUGCAAAAGCCAGGGAUUAUCAGGUCUUAACCGAGCAGAUGAUGGUUAAAGGGAGUUUAAAAGUUGGUGCAGUAUGGAGGUGAUGUAACACUGCAGCAAGCUGGUGUCAUGUUGUUGGAAUCUGAUCCAUUUUUCAUCACAAAUUUGAAACCAAGCUGCAGGAAAUGUUCCCAUAAGAGCGUGUUUAACGUGGAAGAGUACCUUAAUGCUUCUGCUUCUAUCUUAAUAUGAGUGAUAUUGUGGAAAUAUGUGAAACUGCAUUGGAAGAAUUGAAGUUAUCUGAUUCUAAAAGCCAUUUUUUACGAGUCAAAUGUCAAAUCAACAUGCUAGAAAAUCAUUUUCCCUAACGCCGCUUUGUCUCGCACUCCCUCCAUCGAGCAUCAAUAGAUGGCUGGUCUGUUGCAUUCACACUCUGUACAUAAACCAACAAAAGAUAUGAAAAAAACUGAAGAUAUUUUGUUCUAUUGGUGUAAACAACUUGUGAAUAAAGUCUGCUUGUCGAUGCAGUAUCGUGAUGCAAUCCUGA